AUGAUGUCGGGUGAAUCAUCAGCAUCCCCUGUUCCAUCACAAAUCACUCAAUCAUCAGGAUCAGGAUCUGGAUCAGCAUCGGGUAUAGGUAAAUGGAAUAAUAUCUCAACAACAGGUCAUGGACAUGGACAGAAAUCAGCUCCUGUCAAAGCGGCUUGUCUGAGCUGCAGAAACAAAAAAGCAAAAUGUGAUGGUAAACAACCCGUUUGCGGGCAGUGCGCAAAGAAGAACCUGGAAUGCGUCUUUGUUAAAUCACGAAGAGGUGGCGCGAGGAAGAGACGUCCAGCUAUUCCACCUACAGCCUUGUCCGAGUUCUUGAAGAGACUAGAUACGCUCUUGAUGGCACCUGGUUUAGAUCAUGGACCUUCACGCGACUCUGAAGACGGUCAGAUUGAUCCCAACGAGGAUACGACGAAUAUCGUCAAACGAUUCUCAAGCCGUGAAGAAGUAUUCGAGAGCUAUUACACCGAUGUUCACCCCUUUGUCACAGUGAUGCCACCACGUACCCUUCUCAAGACGAUCUUGCCUACUCUUCUAACCGACUCACCAUUCCUUCUUGCCGUUCAGACCAUCCUCGUUCUUGCUCCUCAUGCCAAUGACCCUAAUCCCACUUCCACUCGUUCCAAACGAUUACGACAAGCUGCGUCCGUAUCAUUCGCCGAGCAGACCAUGGCAUUGGUGAAUUCCAUGGUAUCCAAUGGUCAACUCAACAUAGAAUGUGUUCAGGCAACAGCUAUAAUCUCAUUAUGGGAAUGGUCAUCCCAAGGAAGUGUCACUAGAAAUAGAGAGCGUUCCACGCAGGCCAUCCAAUUAGCUAUGCAGUUGGGUUUAAACGAAUUAGACAAAUACUCUUCAAGCUCUGUGCCGGUCAGACCCAACGAGAAUGGGAAGACGGUCGAAGGUGAAGAUUGGAGGAAGGAUAUGGCCAGAAGAACAUGGUGGACCACCUUUGUCUCUCAACUUACUGCAGCGUUGGUGUCGGGAAAUCAACCUAUAGUAGGACCGGAUGAUCCUAGGAUACACGUCGAUUAUCCUGUAUGUUCGGCCAUCGAUCAUUCUUGGUCGAAUUUCUUGGAAACUGUGAAAUCGACCAUUAGGGUGUUUGACCUGGUCAUUUCCGUCUACUUCCCUCAAUUGGCAUCAACGUCAGAAUCGAAUGGUGUUGAGAAGGACAUAUCUUCGGCAGGUGGUCUUUUCAGUGCAAGUGAUAAUAUCCAGAUUCAAGGCACUCAAGAAGACGAAAUUAGGCAGAAAAUGUAUAAUGUCGAUAAACAAAUAAUGGACCUGAUCAAAAAAGCUGAAGAGACCGCUGUGAUUGAUUUAGUACCUGGUGCAGAAGAGGAGGUAGCUAGAAAUCAACAACUUCAAGCUAGAUUGGGAUUGGCGGUAUUACAUAUUCAUAUUCAUAGAUGGCAAGCUUUCCCCGAAGUUUCCCUGUUCAGUAAGAAGAUCUGUGGAUUGCCUCAAGCUCCGGAAUUUACAGAUGAUGGGAACAAUGGUAUGGCCACACCUGAAUAUCAAUAUUCAAAUCAGCAACAGCUUGAUGGUUCGUUACCAAGUGGAGAUAUCCAAAUGCCAAGCUAUAACGAUGCCAAUCAAUCUUACAAUGGAUAUGUCGAUCCGUCUGCCACGCAAUACGAUCAAGCGAUGUAUAAUGCAGCUUGCUUCGACGGACAAACGUUCCAACCACAACAUCAACAGCAGCAGGAUGAAUGGGGUAAUUCAUUCGACCCAAAUGAAGUGUACCAAUACGGUAUAGAGGAUAUGUGGGCACCCGAGACUUACCCCGAGAACUUACCUGCACCGUGGUUCGCCCAUCCUGGCGGAGCAGCACAGUUGUAUGCCCCUACACAACAAGAACCUAUCCAUUAUCCCGAGAUCACCCCUGGUGCAUCUAUCGCCCCGAUACCCACACCUCCUUCGUCGACCUUCCAGCGAACUAGCGUAACUCCAUCCGAAGAUGGUGCUGGCGAUAGAAGGAGAGUAUCGACCGGGUCUACUGCGACUAACAAACCCCACAAGGCUUGGGGGGUUGAUGAGAAAGCGGAUAAAGUUUUACCGCCACCGGCAUUACAGCAAUUGGAAGUUUUCCCUCCUGGGAUCAGUCUCGCCAGAUGUGCGACUGCGGCACAUACGAUCGUGAGGCUGGAAGUGUUACAUAGAUCGGCGGUGAUAGCAAUGUGGGAUGGACCCCCCAAAUGGCCUCCGUUCUGUUCGUGUGGUCUCGUCACGGGCGCCUACGCCUUCUUGCUAUUGGCUUUAGCCGUCCAAGCUGAGAACACCUUCAGCGGAUAUACCAAUUCCCGAUCGGAGGAAGUCGAAGCGCUCUUGACGAAUGUCAAAGUCAUUUUGGCAGGGUUGGAAGCUUAUGGAACUAUGUGGGCUGGGAUUGAUGCGAUGGCUGGCGAAGUCAGAGCGGCACUUGAAGCUGCUACGAGAUUACCAUUUGAAGUGUCGGCUCAGAUCGAAAGUGCCACUGCUUCUCCGAGUACUCAAGGUGGGAUGCAGGAGUAG